CUGAUAGAAACCACACUCUCUAUCUCUCUCUUUCCCCACACACACUCUGAUUCACUAUAUCCAAAACACAAGGAGGCAGAAAGGAAGUCUCACCCAAAUAUGGCAACUAAUUCUCUUUCCCUCACCGGCGCCGGAGCCUCUCCUCUCCUUCCCUCCGCCACGUCAGCCUCCACUACGGCCAGACUUUCCCUUUCAUUCUCCCCUAAAUGCCUCCGAUCAUCUCCUCUCCUUCCCCACAUAUUUCACUACCGGAAGCGAUCGUUGGUUGAAACAUCAUCAUCUAGUGCAAGAAGAAGAUUCACUACAUUGAAAUGCGCCGCCGCUUCUGAUCCUGCUCAGUUGAAAAGUGCAAGAGAGGACAUCAAAGAGCUCUUGAACACCACCUUCUGUCAUCCCAUUUUGGUUCGCUUGGGCUGGCAUGAUGCUGGAACUUAUAACAAGAAUAUCGAGGACUGGCCACAAAGAGGUGGAGCUAAUGCAAGCUUAAGAUUUGACGUUGAACUAAAACAUGGAGCAAAUGCUGGACUUGUAAAUGCACUGAAACUUCUCCAGCCAAUCAAGGACAAGUAUGCUGGUGUGACAUAUGCAGACUUAUUUCAGUUGGCCAGUGCAACUGCCAUUGAGGAGGCUGGAGGCCCAAAAAUUCCCAUGAAAUAUGGGAGAGUAGAUGUUCCUGCACCCGAGGGAUGCCCUGAAGAGGGAAGGCUUCCUGAUGCUGGUCCCCCUUCCCCUUCUUCUCAUUUGCGAGAUGUCUUCUACAGAAUGGGACUAAACGAUAAGGAAAUUGUCGCACUUUCUGGGGCACACACGUUCGGGAGAUCCAGACCAGAGCGUAGUGGUUGGGGCAAGCCAGAAACGAAAUACACGAAAGAUGGACCAGGAAACCCCGGAGGACAAUCAUGGACUGUCCAGUGGUUGAAAUUUGACAAUUCCUACUUUAAGGACAUUAAAGAGAGACGAGAUGAAGAUCUGCUAGUUUUGCCAACAGAUGCGGUUCUUUUUGAAGAUUCUUCAUUUAAGGAAUAUGCAGAGAAGUAUGCUGUAAAUCAAGAUGUAUUUUUCAAAGAUUACGCGGAAGCCCAUGCCAAACUGAGCAACCUUGGAGCUAAAUUUGAUCCUCCUGAGGGUUUCUCAAUAGACAAUAAUUCUACAGAAGGUCAGCCAGAGAAAUUUGUGGCAGCAAAAUACUCAAGCGGAAAGAGAGAGCUCUCGGAUGCUAUGAAACAAAAGAUUCGAGCAGAAUAUGAAGGUUUGGGAGGAAGCGCAGAUAAGCCUCUCCCAACGAACUAUUUUCUCAAUAUCAUAAUUGUGAUUGGUGUUUUGGCAGUUUUGACAUAUUUGUUUGGAAACUAGAUGGUUUUAGUUUGAUCUUGUAGAUAUUUUGAGUGCUUCAUAUCGGCAUUAUUGAGAAUGAAAAUUUUGCCAGUCAUUUAUGCAAAAUUUGAUUACUUUGUGGUUUUC